AUGCAGUGCAAGUCAAGGAUUCCCAGAGCGGAUUUCAAUCCCUAUGUGAUCCAGUCCAAGUGGUGCUGGCACGAUGGUGUGGAGUAUCGGGUGUGCCGAUACCAUGAUGGCUGGGAGUUCUGGAUGACGAAACGUCGCCUGGAGAUGCUGGCCUACAAGAACAUUGGGCCAAUCGUGCUGAGCAUGUUUCACCCUGGUCGACACUGA